UAUCCUCAAGCCGCUAGCCGCUAGCCUCAAGCAGGGAUGAGGAGGUGGCUACAGAGGUCUAGUAGGACUACUGCUUUCUAACUCCACACCCCCAGAUGUUUUUCAUUUUAAAACUUGUAGUCUUCAGCCCCAACAGACGCUGACUCAAGUGACAUCGCUUAAGGCAAUUUAUCAAAUUUUGUGCAGCUUGGAGCAAAUUUUCUCACAUAUGCAGUACUCCUCAAGACCAGUAGAGAAACCCCCCUCUCUAUUUAAUACUGUGAAUAUCAAUUUAGCCCACCAAACAUCUGGACUUGGGCUAGUUCUACCUCAAAGACCACCAUCCCAUUCAAGUUUGAAAUUCUAAACCUUAGGUCUGAAUAACCUUGAUAUUAGAUUUUGCACCUCCUUCCUCCUUCAGUCAGUCACUUGAAGCCAUCCAGCAGGAGCCGGAGGUCUGCCUGCGGACUGGGCAGCCGUCCGUCCCACUGAGCUGUGUUGCUGUCAGUGGCCCCUGGUGGAGCUGCUGCUGCUGCUGCUGCUGCUGAGCAUGUGCCCGGCUGCUCCACAGGACAGAAGGGACGCUUCCCAUCACCACACAGGUUGUGGACAUGGAUCGCUGAGCGCACGGCUCGAACACAAGAGCGCUGUCACCAAGCUGUUAUUCAUCCCUGCAUCAUGGAGGCUCAGCCUGGUGCAUCAUGGGAGCUCAUCAACGGUGUGACAGAUACAAUAUAUGAGGGCUGAGAGGUCGUCAUGGAAACUGACAGCUACACUUCAGGCCUAGCCACCACUGACUGGGUUGGGACGGUGGCUGGCCUGGAGGGAAUGGGAGUCCUUCAGGAGCAGGGAGGAGGGGGCUCGUCCAGCAGCCCCGCGUCCUGGUACAUGCCAUACUCGCUGGGCUUCCAGGUGUCGCUCACCGCCUUCCUCAUGCUGGAGCUGGUGUUGGGUUUCAGCAGCAACCUUACGGUGUUGGUGCUCUACUGCUCUCAAUCCAAUUUAGUGGACUCCGUGAGCAAUAUGGUGACUGUCAAUCUGCAUGUGCUGGAUGUGGCGGUGUGUGUGCUGUGUCUGCCCCUCACUGUGGUGGUUGUGCUGCUGCCUCCAGGGCCAAACCUGGCCCUGCUCUGCUGCUUCCACGAGGCCUGUGUCACCUUUGCCAGCAUAGCCACAGCCAUCAACAUCCUGGUUAUCAGCUUGGACCGAUAUGACAUCUCAGUACGGCCGGCCAACAGGCUGCUGACGACACGUAGAGCAUCGCUGCUCCUGGCUGCUGUUUGGGUCACAUCAGUAGCUGUGUUUUUUAUCCCAUUCUUGGAGGUGCAGUGGUCCAGUGGAGAAGGAGCAGAGGAAAGAGGGCAGGUGACACCCUUGUCGUUGUCCUCACAUGGUAUCAGUGCCACAGUGGUGCCAGCAUGGCGUAACCGAACACUGCUGUGUGUUGGCACACAGGGCUACCACACGGGCCUGGGUAUGUAUUACCAUCUUAUCCUGCAGGUACCCAUCUUCUUCACCACUGUGGCAGUCAUGCUGUUCACCUACUCCAGAAUACUGAGGGCUUUAAACAUCCGCAUUGGCUCCCACAUGAAGAAGAGCCAACGGUUCAGGGGCCCCUCCUGCAGCGGGCGCGACAAGAGACAGAGAAAAAAGAAGGCGGCGCUCAGAAUGAAUGAUUGUAGGGAGGGUGGAGGGGAGCAGUGCACCACAGAUGGUACCAAACAGCGCAGCCACCCUCCCCUCAUCCCUUCCCCCUCCCCCACCCCAACAGCAACCUCCCCUGCCCUGUCCUCUUCUGCCCCGCUCGUCACCCCUGACACGGGAGCUGCGACCCCCAUGCCCGCCACCAUGGGCGUCCAGGCCUCCGUGUCGGCCAUCAUUGCCCUGAGGCGGGCAGUGCGGCGACACAGGGAUCGGCGAGAGCGACAGAGGCGGGUGUUCAGGAUGUCCCUCAUCAUUAUCACCACCUUCUUAGGCUGUUGGGCUCCCCUCUCUGUGACCAAUGUGCUAAUCCUGGGCAUAGGCCCCAGUGACGCCCUGGUCAGCUUACGCCUCUGGUUCUUAGCCCUGGCCUACGGCACCACUGUCUCCCACCCUCUGCUCUACGCCUUCACCCGACAGAAACUGCGCCGUGCCCUCCGUGCCAAGGUUAAGAAGAGGGUGGUGUCCUUGCUCCAGGUAGACCCUUCACCUGGGGGCACCGUCAUACACAACUCCUGGGUAGAGAACAGAAAAACCAGCCGGCAGGUGCGGCUGGAAGCAAGUGAAGGCACUGACCGCUGCCUGGCAGAGGUCCUGUGAGACUGACACACAUGGGCCGGGCUAGUAUAAUUAAAAUCCAGAAUAGAGUCACAGGUGUGUUCCAUUAUGAAACUCACUGGUGCAUGAAGCCAGUGAAAGAAAUGUGAAAAACACAUUUCCACCUCUGGGAGAUGAUUUAAUGUAACCACCAGCAGCAAGCCCAUGCUAAACACAGCUAACAGUCACCUCAGGCAGCAGUGAGAGCAGGAUGCUGUCGUCACUGCGGUGCGCACAGCCUCUGCAGCUGAAAAAGAUCAUAUAACAACAAACACACAAGUGUAUAUAAUGUGCACUCUGUCAAAUAGUGAAGUCUGUUUACAUAUGAAGUUGUAAGAUCGAGCGUUCUUAGUGAUGCUUACCUAAUUGCUCCAAAGAGUGUGUUUAGCCAGCAGAUGAUCUGAUCUGCCAACCACUCAAAUGCUCCAAGACAGCUUUAAAAAAAAUGUUAACACAUUUCGAACACGUAAAUAAUUUUAAAAAACUCUGAAUGUAUUUAAUAUUGUCUCAGCAUUCAUUCUGCUCUGAAAGUUUGGCUACAUUGUAUGUUGUGUAUUCUGAACUAAAGGAGGAACAUGUGGAUAUUUGAGACAUAAUGAGUACUACAUGAAAAAUGGUGAUGAGAUGUAAAUGCGUCAGGGUUUAGGAGGCUGGGUCCACAGAGAGGUGAGGAACAAGUUAGAGAACAAUUAAAAGAUAGUGUGAAAUAUUAAAUGCAGUUUUGCUUUAGCUUAAGUAGUUGUUAAAUGGUCAAUGUUACAGUGUCGAAAUCUUGCAAAGCUCCAUCAAAUAAGUGCAACUCUUUUGCUCCCCAAUUUGUAUCUAAUGGUGUAAUAUCGCAUUGAUGUUUUGCAUUUACUGCUGGGAGAAGGUAAGCACAAUGUUUAAAGUAAUAGUUUGAAAUUUUGGGAAAUAGGCUCAUUUGCUUUCUUGCAGAGAGUUAGAUGAGAAGAUCGAUACCACUCUCACAUCAGUGCGGUAAAUAUGAAGCUACAGCCAACAGCCGGUUAGCUUAGCUUAGCACAAAGACUGGAAACAGGGGGAAACAGCUAGCUUGGCUCAGCCCAAAAAACCCUGUUUUUACACGUAAGGUUUUUGUAUGGAUUAAACAAAUGUGAUAUAACAUGUUACUCUCAGACAGAGCCAGGCUAGUUUGUUUCCCCCUUUUCAACUCUUUAUGGUAAGAUAAGCUAACUGGCUGCUGACUGUAACUUCACAUUUUGCGUACUGAGAGUGCUCUCAGCAAUCAAGCGAAUAAGCAUCUAGCUAGUCUAACUAGUUCUUUAAAUAGUAAAAAAAAAAGUCAAUUUUAUGAUUUAUCAAAUGUCGAAAGAAUUAUGGGUAAAGUCAGCUGCCUGUGCUGAAGUAGCUAGUUGGGUUGACACUGUAAAAUGGAUAGGUGACAGACAAAAUAACAGGAAAACCUUUCAGUAUAAUGCGGUCCAGUACAUCACCAAAAACUACAAUCUCAAAAAGAACAACAAUAAUCAACACCUCUCUCACACAUUCUCAGCAAAAACUGAAUGCUGACAGUCUCAUGAAAAAUAGUAUUCAUUGCAAGUCUAUUGUUUUGGAUUGCAUUAUAUUUAAGGUGUCCCUGUGGAUCAGGUUUGGGUUUUGGCAUGCUGGAAGCAUGCAGUUCUCUUUUGAAAAAACAUUCAUGUACAUGCUGUAAAUACUGACCAGAUCUAAAUUUAUUACAUGUGAAAUCUACAGUUCUUGUCACUUGGUCUGUAUGGGAUUAUCUGACUUUUCUAGAUUCGAGGAGUGUUUCAGUUGCAGCUGGCUUGUCCAGACAUGUGCUCCCAUGGGUCAACUCAACCUUAGUGUCCAGCAGUAACUGUCACUACAGCCAUAUACUGACAGAUUGGUGGGAUUAUUAAUAGGACUAGUGUUUGCUGUUGACUUUGUUCUACCUGCUUGUGCGUUCACUGCUCUAAUGCUGUACUCACACUGGGGCUCAUUUCAGAGGCCAUGUGAUUUCUUACACACACACACACACACACACACACACACACACACACACACACACACAAUUGGUGUGUUCUUGAAUGUAAACACACGAUAUAUAUUAUACUGUAUGUACACCAAGAAUAUGCUAUCUUUCUAAGUUUUCUUCAUGGUAUUGUUUUUAUGUGACUGUAUCACCAUGCAAUGUUGAAUUAUAUCAAUAAAUAUGAAGUGCUGAGGUCUUGA